GCUCGCGAGACUUCAACCGAUUCCCAAACACGAAGAAGAAAGGUUGUCGUCUACCACGCUGAGAUUCACGUGGACUUGGUGUCCACCCGGGUGCUCGUAAAGUUGACAAAAACACCAACAAAGGCGACAAAAUGACGCAGUUAGACGGCGUAACAAAACCAAAGACGAAGCGCUCGAAGCGCUUCCUGGAGGGCAGAGCGCCCAAACUGAUGGAGGAUGGCAAGAGCGCCAUGAUAAUGAAAGGAGGGAACACCAAUCAGGCCGUAACCCAGGCCCUGAAAGACAUCUAUGCCCUGAAGAAGCCCAGUGCUGUGCUGUACAAGAAAAAGAAUAUCACGCGGCCUUUUGAGGACUCCACCUCGUUGGAGUUUUUCUCCAAGAAGACGGACUGCUCUCUGUUUCUGUUUGGCUCCCACAACAAGAAGCGGCCCAACAACCUCAUAUUCGGUCGGCUGUUUGACUUCCACGUGCUGGACAUGAUCGAGCUCGGGAUGGAGAAGUACGUCCCCCUCAGUGAGAUAAAGGCCAGCAAGUGUCCAGAGGGGACCAAACCCAUGCUGGUGUUUGCGGGGGAAGCUUUCGAUGUGGACGCCGAGCACAGGCGCCUGAAGAGCCUGCUGACAGACUUCUUCCGGGGCCCCAGCGUGGCGGCGGUGCGUCUGGCCGGUCUGGAGCACGUGCUGCACUUCACCGCCCUGGAGGGGAAGAUCUACAUGCGCAGCUACAGGUGUCUGCUGAAGAAGUCGGGCUGCCGGACCCCCCGCAUCGAGCUGGAGGAGAUCGGGCCGUCCUUCGACUUUGUUCUCAGAAGAUCCCAUUUGGCGUCGGACGACUUGUCCAAGCUGGCUCACAAACAGCCCAAAGCCUUGAAGCCAAAGAAGAAGAAAAAUAUCUCCCGCGACAUCUUCGGCACCAAGUUCGGUCAGGUGCACAUGCAGAGGCAGGACCUGUCCAAGCUGCAGACGCGGAAGAUGAAGGGCCUGAGGAAGAGGAAGAGCCAGGUGGUGUCCGGCGAGCCGGAGGGGCAGGUCCCCAAAGUGGCCAAAACCGAGAGCUGAAGGGGUUCUGGACCCACUGGACACAUCCCUGGCCUCCUGGACUGUGUGCUGACGAGACACCCAAAGGAAUCCGUCUGCUAACAUGUUGUCAUUUCUCAGCUAAAACUCUACAAGCAUCAGUGUGAAGUCACUCGUGAUUUCACUUUGCGUAGUUUUGUCUUUACAAAUAAAAUGGAUGAAAUAUUUUGCAUAAAAAGUAAUAAAAUCAACAUUAAAAAGAG